UCCUGCGGAGCGGGGGGUGGGUAUUUCCCCGCCGCUGCCUGAGGAAUGUCAACUAUUCAACAUGGAGCCGGCGGUUAACAAGCUCGAGACCAUGUUCCAGAAGGCAGAAUCUGACUUGGAUUAUAUUCAACACAGACUGGAGUUUGAAAUACUGAAAAGUCUUCCUGAUAAUCCAUCAGCAGAGGAGAAUCCAAUUGCUCUCCUGGAAGAACUGGCAGUGGUGAAAUCUCGUUAUAAAACGUUAUGUGUGCAGCUGGAAAACAUUUCCAAAGAGCAGAGAGAAUCCAUGAGGUGCAUCCGUGCUGCUCUAGAGAACACAAUGAAGAUGGUUCAGGGGUUACAGCAACAUACUGACCUUGAGCGCGUACCUCUGUCAGGAGAAGAACAGACUGCAGCACAGCAGUUAACCUGCCAAACUGUUAACGAAAUGGAAUCGCCAGUGGAAGAGCCAGUUUGUUCAGAAUCUACAGUCUCUGGCUCAACUGAUGUUUCUUUAGAAUUGCAAUUCAAACCACUGACUGAGGAAACCUUUAUGACUGUACCAAGGAGUAUCAGAAGUACUGUUAAACUAGCAGACUUAAACACUUUUUACAGGGAGUUAUUUAACCACUUCAUUGUAAAUAAGAACAGAGCAGCACUGAGUAUUUCAGAGAUGAGCAAGAUGAAAAUGAAAGUCACUGACUCAAGAAUACGAAUCUUGAAAGAACUUGAUAUUGUGGAACUUGACGUACAAGGAAAUGUGAAAUUAGUUGUGUGAGUGGGAGGUCAGUCCAGUUCCAUUUGACACACGAGCCUGGUCACAGCUCCUGGAUUAUUCGGUGGCAUGUAUUUCUCUGGUGUCUAGGAGCUGUAAGCCCACUGUUGGAAAGCUGUUAAUGUUUCUGUAAACAAAUUCCGUUUAUAAUACUGAAAACUGCAGAGCUGAAAAACACUGAGGUUACUGUUUUAUCUUGGAUAUUUAUGAGACUAAGAGUAUUGUUAGCCAUGUGACACUUCCAUAUUCUUGCUUACAUUCCUGAGUGGGUUUUUAAGACAAAUAACCCAAGCCACUUAAUUGUACUUGCAUUCCUGAAUAAAUGAUGAAAGCUAAGGA